AUGUCUCUGAUUAGCAAAGAAGAUCACCACAUCAAGAACGCUUAUUAUAUCCCUCAUCAUUAUGUCCUUAAUUCCUCAGCCAAAGUCCGUGUGGUCUUUGAUGCAUCUGCAAAAACUUCUACCGGAAAUUCGUUGAACGAUCUUUUGUUGCCUGGUCCCAAACUUCAAAACGAUAUAUGUUCAAUUCUAAUCAAGUUUCAAUGUUACCCGAUUGCCUUCAUGUGUAACAUUCAACAAAUGUAUCGACAAAUCUUAAUAAUUCCCCAUCAUCGCGAUUAUCAGCGCAUCUUAUGGAGAGAUUAUAAAAGUGGUGAACUUAGUGAAUACCAAUUAAAUACCGUUACCUACGGAGUUUCUUCUGCUCCGUACUUGGCCUUGCGUACUAUCCAAGAGCUUGCGCGACUUAAUGCAGCACAAUUUCCUGAAGCUUCCCGCGUAUUAUUACACGACAUGUACGUUGAUGACGUAACGGGAAGUUUUUCGGUACGUAACGCGUUUGACUUGCAAAAUCAAAUUAUAAACAUUAUGUUAUUGGCUGGCUUUAAGUCAGCUAAGUGGGCAAGUAACGAACCUAAACUAUUAAAAAACUUUAGUGCCGAUCUUCGUGUAAAACCGGUAUCAUUAGAUAAUAGAGAAGAUGGUGUCGUCAAGGUUCUGUGUCUCCACUGGGAGCAAUAUAACGACAAUUUUAAGUUCUCUUAUCAACCCCGUGAUCACAUCCGCAGUAAAAGGGUUAUAUUAUACAAUAUCGCACGCAUCUUUGAUCCCCUUGGUUUAAUUACGCCAUGUAUUCUCGCUGCAAAAUGCCUCAUGCAACGAUUAUGGUUAGAAAAAUUGAAUUGGGACGAUCUCCCUUCCGAGGAAAUUCAAAAUUAUUGGACUCAAUAUCAGUUUGAAAUCCCAAUGUUGUCACAGUUGAAAAUUCCCAGGUUAAUUCUUCCCGCUAAAGAUUUACACGUUGAGCUCCAUCUGUUUUCUGAUGCAUCUUCAGUUGGGUACUGUGCGGUGGCGUACCUUCAAUACAUUUUGCCUAAUUACAAUAUUAAUGUCAGUUGA